CGGGCCUGGCGGCGUCAGAGGCGGUAUCAGGGGAGGCGGUGGUUCCAGAGAUGGCAGUGAGCGAGAGGAGGGGGCUCGCCCGCCGGAGCCCGGUGGAGUGGGGGCAGCACCUACUUCUGCUCCUGCUGUUGGGCUGCUGCUCUGGGCGCAUCCACCGGCUGGCGCUGACGGGGGAGAAGCGACCAGACAUUCAGCUGAAUAGCUUCGGCUUCUACACCAACGGCUCUCUGGAGGUGGACCUGAGCCUGCUGCGGCUGGGCCUGCAAGAGACCAAAGAGAAGACUCCCCUGGUGGGGUUCAGCCUGACCCGGGUUCGAUCUGGCAGCAUUCGACCCUCCUCAACCCAGAACCCCAACGACUGUCCUCUCCAGAAAAACAGUAGCAACCUCCUGGUUCUCUUCCUUAUCAACACCAAGGACCUGCAGGUCCAGGUGCGGAAGUAUGGGGAGCAGGAAAAGCUGUUCAUCUCCUCUGGGCUUCUCCCUGAAACACCCUCGGAACCAGGACUCCCGAAGCCAGAGCACAUGGUCACCCCCAAGAAGGACAACGGGACCACCACUGUGCCAAACAAGGCCAAGUCAAAACCUGCAGGAUCACAAGGAGACCAGCAGGGGAAGGACCAGGAGCUGGUGCUGGGCCUGGGCCAUCGCAACAAUUCCUACAACUUCAGCUUCCACGUGGUGAUCGGCUCGAGGGCAGAGGAAGGCCAGUACAGCCUCAGUUUCCACAACUGCUACAACCUGUUGCGGGGACAGGAGCGGCCAUUUGACAUCACGGUAAUGAUCCGGGAAAAGAACCCCGAGGGCUUCCUGUCCGCAGCGGAAAUUCCCCUUUUCAAGCUCUACAUGGUCAUGUCUGCCUGCUUCCUGGCCGCUGGCAUCAUCUGGGUGUCCAUCCUCUGCAAGAACACGUACAAUGUCUUCAAGAUCCACUGGCUCAUGGCGGCCCUGGCUUUCACCAAGAGCAUCUCGCUCCUUCUCCACAGCGUGAGAGCCUGGGUCUGGAGCAGGGAGAUCAACUACUACUUCAUCAACAGCCAGGGCCACCCCAUCGAAGGCCUUGCUGUCAUGCACUACAUCACACACCUGCUGAAGGGUGCCCUCCUCUUCAUCACCAUCGCCUUGAUCGGCUCCGGAUGGGCCUUCAUCAAGUACGUCCUGUCUGACAAGGAGAAGAACAUCUUUGGAAUCGUGAUCCCGCUGCAGGUCCUGGCCAAUGUGGCCUACAUCGUCAUCGAGUCCCGCGAGGAGGGCGCCAGUGACUAUGGAAUCUGGAAGGAGAUCCUCUUCCUGGUGGACCUUAUCUGCUGUGGCGCCAUCCUCUUUCCUGUGGUCUGGUCCAUCCGGCAUCUCCAGGACGCAUCUGGCACCGACGGGAAAGCGGCAGUGAACCUGUCCAAGCUGAAGCUGUUUCGUCAUUACUAUGUCAUGAUCAUCUGUUACGUCUACUUCACGCGGAUCAUCGCCAUCCUGCUGCGGGUGGCCGUGCCCUUCCAGUGGCAGUGGCUGUGCCAGCUCUUGGUGGAAGGUUCCACCCUCACCUUCUUCGUGCUCACGGGCUACAAGUUCCAGCCAGCAGGUGACAACCCGUACUUGCAGCUGCCCCUGGAGGACGAGGAGGACGUGCAGAUGGAGCAAGUAAUGACUGAUGCUGGGUUCAGAGAAGGCCUGUCCAAAGUCAACAAAACAGCCAGCAGGCGGGAACUGUUGUGAUCAUGCCGCCACCUCCGACCAGGCUGCUUCAGCCCCCUUCGUCCUUCUCCGGUCACAUGUUCCCACUGUAGCUUCUGUCCCCAAGCGUGGGGGUGGGGGGGAGGGAGCCGGUGCGCAGGAGGCGCCCAGCUCCCUGGGAGCUGUGUUCCGAGAGCCCAUUCGUAAGAAGACAGACGGCCUCCCCUUCCCAAGUAUGGGGCAGCCCUGUCCCCACCCGAGACCGCCCCCCACUUGCAAAUGUACAGUAAGAACCGAGCUGUUUUGCUACCCUAGUUUCUUGCCUUUCUGGGGGUUGAGUUCUAACACAGAGGUGGUGUUUACAAUUUAGAAAUCUGUUUUCACUGGGUGGGGGGAGGCCAUGGUAUCCAUUGCUUUAUACACACAAUAAAUAUCAAUUGAGCAAC